AUGAGUAGUAGUACUAGUAGUAGUAGUAGUAAUAGUACUAGUAGUAGUAUGAGUAGUAUUACUAGUAGUAGUAGUAGUAGUAGUACUAGUAGUAUUAGUAGUAGUAGUACUAGAAUUAUUAGUGCUAGUCUUAGUAUUAGUAUCAGUAGUAGUAGUAGUGGUAGUUGCAUUAGUAGUAGCAGUAGUAGUACUCGUAGCAGUAGUAGUAGUACUAGUAUUACUACUAGUAGUAUUAGUAGUACCAGUAGUAGUAGUACUAGUAGUAGUAGUAGGAGUACUAGCAGUACUAGUAGUAGUGGUAGUAGUAGUAGUACUAGUAGUAGUAGUAAUAGUACUAGUAGUAGUAGUUGUAGUACUAGUAGUAGAAGUAGUAGUACUAGUAGUAGUAAUAGUAGUAGUACUAGUAGUAGUAGUAUUAGUAGUACUAGUAGUAGUACUAGUAGUAGUAUUACUAGUAGUAGUAGUGCAAGUAGUAGUAGUAGUUGUACUAGUAGUAGUAGUAGUACUAGUAGAAUUAGUAGUACUAGUAGAAGUAAUAGUAGUACUAGUAGUAGUAGUAGUAGUACUAGUAGUACUAGUAGAAGUAGUGGUAUUAUUAGUAGUAGUAGUAGUAUUAGUAUUACUAGUAGUAAUAGUAGUAGUAGUAUUACUAGCAGUAGUAGUAGUAGUACUAGUAGUAGUGGUAGUAUUAUAUACUACUACUGUACUGUUACUACUAUUAUUACUACUAGUUCUACUAGUACUACUACUACUACUAAUACUAAUACUACUACUACCACUACUACUACUACUAGUAGUACUACUAGUAUUACUAAUAAUACUAGUACUACUACUUCUAGUAAUAAUACUACUACUAGUACUACAACUACUACUAAUACUACUAGUACUACUACUAUUGCAAAUACUACUACUACUAGUACUACUACUAUUAACACUACUCGUAGUACUACUACUACUACUAGUACUAAUACUACUCUUUGUACUACUACUACUACUACUAGUACUAAUGCUACUACUACUUCUAGUAAUACUACUACUACUACUAGUACUACUACUACUAGUACUUGUACUACUACUACUAGUACUAAUACUACUAAUAAUAUUUCUAGUACUACUACUACUACUACUAGUACUACUACUACUACUUGUAUUAAUUAUACUACUAGUACUACUACUACUAGUACUACUACUACUACUAGUACUACUACUACUUUUAGUACUACUACUACUUGUGCUACUACCACUACUACUAGUAAUACUACUACUACUACUACUAGUACUACUACUACCACGAGUACUACUACUAGUACUACUACUACUUCUUUUAGUACUACUAUUACUAGUGCUACUACUACUAAUAGUAAUACUACUACUACUACUAUUACUAAUACUACUAGUACUACUACUAUUGCAAGUACUACUACUACUUGUACUACUUCUAGUACUAAUACUACUAGUAAUAUUACUACAAAUAAUACUACUAGUACUACUACUACUUCUAGUACUACUACUACUAGUAAUAAUACUAAUAAUAGUACUAAUAAUUCCAGUAGUACUACUACUACUACUAGUACUACUACUACUACCACUACUACUAGUGUUACUAGUACUAAUACUACUACUACUAGUACUUGUACUACUACUACUAGUACUACUACUACUACUACUAAUAUACUACUAUACUACUACCACUACUUCUGUACUACUACUACUAGUAUUACUAAUAAUACUAAUACUACUAGUACUACUACUACUACUAGUACUUAUUCUACUACUACUAGUACUGCUACUACUACUACUAGUGCUACUAGUACUACUAAUACAACUAGUACUACUACUACUAUUACCACUGCGACUAGUACUACCAGUACUAAUACUACUACUACUACUACUAGUAUUACUACGACUGGUAAUACUACUAGUACUACUAGUACUAAUACUAGUAUUGUUACUACUAGUACUACUACUACUACUACUACUACUACUAGUACUCCUACUAAUACUACUAGUAGUACUACUACUAGUACUGUUACUACUAUUACUACUACUAGUUCUACUAGUACUACUACUACUACUAAUACUAAUACUACUACUACCACUACUACUACUACUAGUAUUACUACUACUAUUACUAAUAAUACUAAUACUACUACUUCUAGUAAUAAUACUACUAGUAGUACUACAACUACUACUACUACUACUAGUACUACUACUAUUGCAAAUACUACUACUACUAGUACUACUUCUAGUACUACUACUACUAGUAAUAUUACUACUACUAAUACUACUAGUACUACUACUACUACUAGUACUACUACUAGUACCACUACUAGUACUACUAAUACUACUACUACUAGUACUACUACUACUAAUUUAAGUACUACUACUACUAGUGCUACUACUACUACUAGUAAUACUACUCCAACUAGAACUACUACUACUACUAGUACUAGUACUAAUACUACUACUACUACUAGUAAUAUUACUACUACUUUUAUUACUACUACUACUAGUGCUAAUACUACUACUACUAGUAAUACUACCACUACUACUAGUACUACUAUUACUACUGCUAGUAAUACUACUACUACUAUUACUACUAGUAAUACUAGUACUACUACUACUACUAGUACUACCACUACUACUACUAGUACUACUACUACUACUAGUAAUACUACUACUACUAGUACUACUAUUACUACUACUAGUACUACUACUUCUACUAGUACUACUACUACUAGUACUAAUACUACUACUUGCACUACUACUACUAGUACUACCACUACUACUAUUACUGCUAAUACUCCUACUACUACUAAUACUAGUACUACUACUAUUUGUACUACUAAUACUACUAGUACUACUACUAGUAAUACUACUACUACUACUACGAGUACUACUACUGCUACUACUAGUGCAACUACCACUACUACUACUACUGGUACAAAUACUACGACUAGCACUACUACUACUUGUACUACUACUACUAGUACUACUAAUACUACUACUACUACUAGUACUACUACUAGUACUACUAAUAUUACUAGUACUACUACUACUAGUACUACUACUAUUAACACUACUCGUAGUACUACUACUACUACUAGUACUAAUACUACUCCUUGUACUACUACUACUACUACUAGUAAUAAUACUACUACUACUUCUAGUAAUACUACUACUACUACUAGUACUUGUACUACUAUUACUAGUACUAUUACUACUAAUAAUACUUCUAGUACUACUACUACUACUAGUACUACUACUACUAAUAGUACUACUACUACUUUUAGUACUACUACUACUUGUGCUACUACCACUACUACUAGUAAUACUACUACUACUACUAGUACUACAACUACCACGAGUACUACUACUAGUACUACUUCUACUACUUUUAGUACUACUAUUACUAGUGCUACUACUACUACUAAUAGUAAUACUACUACUACUAUUACUAAUACUACUAGUACUACUAUUAUUGCAAGUACUACUACUACUUGUACUACUUCUAGUACUACUACUACUAGUAAUAUUACUACUAAUAAUACUACUAGUACUACUACUACUAGUACUACUACUAGUACCACUACUAGUACUACUAAUACUACUACUACUAGCACUAAUACUACUAAUUUAAGUACAACUACUACUAGUGCUGCUACUACUACUACUAGUAAUACUACUACUACUAGUACUACUACUACUACUACUAGUACUAAUACUAAUACUACUACUACUACUAGUAAUAUUACUACAACUAUUAUUACUAGUACUACUACUAGUACUACUACUGCUACUACUACCACUACUACUAGUACUGCUAGUACUCCUACUACUACUAAUACUAGUACUACUACUAUUGGUACUACUAAUACUACUAUUACUAAUACUAGUACUACUACUACUCCUACGAGUACUACUACUGCUACUACUAGUGCAACUACCACUACUACUACUAAUACUACUUCUAGUACUAUUACCAUUACUACUAGUACUACUACUACUACUCCUAGUACUACUACUACUAGUGCUAUUACUACUACUAGUACUACUACUAAUAAUACUACUACUAAUACUGAUACUACUAGUACUACUACUACUACUAGUACUGAUUCUACUACUACUAGUACUACUACUACUACUAGUGGUACUAGUACUACUACUACUACUAGUAUUACUACUACUACCACUACGACUAGUACUACUAGUAUUAAUACUACUUCUACUAGUAUUACUACUACUGGUACUACUUCUACUACUACUAGUACUAAUACUAGUAUUACUAAUACUACUACUAAUACUACUACUACUACUACUAGUACUACUAUUACUAGUAAUACUACUAGUACUACUACUACUACUACUAGUACUGUUACUACUACUACUAGUACUACUACUGCUACUACUACUACUAUUUCUACUAGUACUACUACUACUACUAGUACUGUUACUACUACUACUAGUACUAAUACUACUACUACUACUAGUUCUACUAGUACUACUACUACUACUACUAGUACUACUACUAAUACUAAUACUACUAGUACUACUACUACUACUAGUACUGAUUCUACUACUACUAACACUACUACUACUACUACUAGUGCUACUAGUACUACUACUACUACUAUUACUACUACUACUACUACCGCUACGACUAGUACUACUAGUACUAAUACUAUUACUACUACUACUAGUAUUACUAGUACUGGUACUACUACUACUACUAGUACUAAUGCUAGUACUCCUACUACUAUUACUACUAGUACUACUACCACUAGUACUACUUCUACUAAUACUACUAGUACUACUACUACUACUACUAGUACUGUUACUACUACUACUAGUAUUAAUACUACUACUUCUACUACUAGUUCUACUAGUACUACUACUACUACUACUAGUACUAAUACUACUACAACUAGUAGUACUUCUAGUACUACUACUACUACUGCUUGUACUACUACUACUAGUACUACUAAUACUACUACUACUAC